AGAGUAAUAUGGACAUUCAAUUAGUUUUUGAGCCAUAUGGUUGUUGCACCUACAUAGUCAACUAUAUCAAUAAGUCUCAAAGAGGUGUUUCUGAUAUUUUAAUGAAGACUAUGGAAGAAAUUAAAAAAGGUAUUUUGAGCUUACAGAAAUAAUGAGGCAAAAAGAAGACAAGUCUUUUGCAGUUGCCCUAAACAAUAUGGCGUUUGGUAAAAUGACCGAUGAAGAUGUGCAAUUGAUCAAGUCCAGGGAAGUUGACAAUAUUGAUCUAAUUCCUGAAGACACUAUGCAUUUAUUUGCCACCAAUAGAGAAGUAGAUGCAUUCAAUGAAAUGAAACUUUCUACAUUUCAGACCGAGCGAGCCGUAAGUCAAGCCAGAGAUGUAAUCAAAGGAAGUUGCUCAGAACGAUUAAAACAUUUAUUUUUAGAACAUGCUAAAAGUUUAAAAAAAUCAGAGAGUUUUGGCCUAAUGUUAAAUUUAAUAUUGCAGGUAGAUGCUAAAUACAUGAUUUCAAUGAAUAUAGAUACCAGUGAUGGGAUAGUCAAUGGUGCUACAGGUAUCCUGCGUCAAAUAGACUAUGACCAAAAUAAAGUUCCAUACAGAGUGUGGAUGGAGUUCUUUGAUUCCAAGUCAGGCAAGGAAUGCCGAAAGAGAAACGAGUCCCUUAGGAAGUCUAUGUAUUUAUCACCCACUUGGACACCCAUAGAAAGAGCUGCAAGAGCUGUUAAAAUUCAAAAAGGCAGCAAUGUUCACGUUGAGCGUCUUCAGUUUCCUCUUUUAAUCAGUGAAGGAAUUACAAUCCACAAAAGUCAAGGUGCCACCUAUGAACAAGUAGCUGUUCACAUUGGUAAUGGAAUGACGAGAACCAGUACCUAUGUGGCAUGCAGUCGGGCUACAAAGCUAAGUGGCCUCUACAUAAUUGGUAAGUUUAAGGCCCCUAAACCGGCAACCGAAAAGGAUGCUGCUUAUAAAGAACUGGUAAAUAUGCAAGAAAACAAGCUUUUAACAUCCAAGUAUAACACUCAGUACCUUAAUGAUUCCAAUGUCAAAUACAUUAUUGCUUACCAAAAUGUGCAAAGUCUACCAAAAAAUCUCAAUCUUAUAAAAAAUAAUCCCAUCUUUAAAGAUGCACAUUUCCUAAUUUUUGUUGAAACCUGGUUAUAUAAAAACAAAAAAAAUAUAAAAUUAAAUGAUUUUGAAGUGUUUGCCAACUUGAGUAACGAUCGACCUGUAAGUAAACCCUUUGGCAUAAUUUGUUUCAAGAAAAAAAAUGUAUCAGCAAAAAUAAAGUCAGUGAAAAAAUACACCAAAGAUUUUUCUGGUAUAGUUUUUCAAGCAAUCACAUUUUACUUGAAUGAAAUUUAUGUCAUAGCAGUUUAUAUUCCCCCAAAAUUGAGCAUUGUACAAGCUAAACUAUGUUUUGAAGACAUUAUUGAUCAACAAAGUGAUAUACUAAUCAUUGGUGAUUUUAAUCAAGAUAUUAUUAAUCAAAAUGAAAAUGGUUUAAAAAAUUAUUUAAUAUCUAAAGGUUUAAGUUGCAAAUUGAGUAUUGGCGAAUCAACUACAAAAUCAAAAACUCAAAUUGAUUGGCUUUUUAGUAAUUUUAAUAAUUUAAGUUACAAUUUUUAUAAUACUGUUUACAGUCACCAUAAAUCUCUAGUGGUUAGUAUUUAUGAUAAAGGUUUUAUUCCGAAGCAGCUAAAUCAGAACGUUGAUAACAAUAAACCAUUCACAAAAGGUUUUAAUGAACUAAAAUUUAAUACCAAGCAAAUCCAAACACAAAGUUCAUUAUUUGAGUCUACUUGCCAAAGCGUAGAUAAUGACAUGGUAAUAGAUAUUAGUUCAGAUCAUGAAAACAAUCUUAACUUAUUUAAUAAGCCACCUGCUUUAUUAAACAGCGAUAUGGUAUCAUGUUAUGCAAAUAGCACCAUACAGUCAUUUUUAUGUUUACCCGAAUUUCGCGUUUCUAUUUCAAAGCGAAAUACAGCGCUAAACAGUACUCUAAAUGAUAUUAUGCUCACGAAAGUUAAUUCCACAUUAAAAGUUCGACAAUUGGUGUCUGGUCGAAAUGGUGAAAAUUUUGCUGUAAAUCAACAAAUGGACGCACAAUCGUUUUGUCAAUCUUUGAUGGGAAAAUUAGAUGCAGAUGAUUUUGGCAUUUUUAUAAAAGCUAAUGUUCAUGAACUUUUAAAUUGUCAAAACUGUAAUAUUAAUAUUAAUGAAAAUGAACAAGUAAUAUACACUCACUUUCUUUAUUUUCCUGAAAACUGUGGCAAUUUAAUUGAUUUUAAUUCAAUGUUAAUGCUAAAAGACUCUGACAGAUUAUGCCCACACUGUAACAAUAAUUUGAAAACACGCUCAGUGGUUACUUGCCAGAAAUAUUUGGUAGUAUGUCUUCAGAGAAUUGGCCCUCAAGGGAAUAAGAUAAAUACCAAAUUUUACAAUUUUGCUUCUGAAAGUGUUAUUUUAGAUGAUCAAAUAUUCAGAGUAAAAAGUGUUGUUAGGCAUCAUGGAAACACCAUUGGAUCUGGUCAUUAUACAUCUAUAGUUAAUUAUAACGAUCAGUGGUGGAAGUGUGAUGAUAAUCGCAUAAGUAGAAUAUCUAGUUUUGAUAACAGUUUAGAAGAUGUAUAUUUAAUACUAUUAGAAAAAUGUUAAAUUUUGUUAAAAUACUAGGACCAACCUAUUAAACGUAAAGAAAAUUACAAAUGUUCAAAACAAUAUUAAAAAGAGUUUUGCAUUACCAAAAAUAAGCCAUAAGUGAUUAAUUAUUCGCUUUCACAAUGAAAAUCCCUUUUCUAAUAUCUUAUAUAUAUUGCUAAAUUGUUAUUUUGGACAAUCAAAUAGUUAGACUUUAAACAGAACUACAUAAAAAAGAACACAUUUUUAAAUGUAAAUAACUUUUUCUUUUAAAUCCCAAUGAUAGCUGUUAAAAAUAAUACUAGUAUCGAAAAAUGAGUUAAAAAAUGUAAAUAAAAUUAUUGGAAUGUAUAGACAAUUAAUUGCCAUAUUAUUAUUUCAAAAUCUAUGCCUGUUUCAAGGGUAUAUUAAAAUAAAAUAGCAGUUUGGUAUUUGUUACAAUGAUUUAUUGAAAACGAGAAAUUUGUAUCGAUAAUAAACUAUGAUUGUCUUAUAGCUUUAGCUACAGCACCACUUGACAUUAAUAGCAACUUAAGUUAACAAAAAGGCUUAAACAAAAGUACUAAAACAGCUAAAAAUGCUAAAGUACCAAAAGCCCGAAAACACUAUAAGCUGCUAAGAAAUGUCCAAGUUAUGUUGUGCUAAAACAUUAAUCCAAUCAGGUACAAUGAAUACUAAUUUAUUUUUAUACUGUUUUGGUCGAGCAAUUACCAAAAUAACUGCAUAAAAAUAAUAUAAUAAUAACUAAGAAUUUAUUUAUUUAUUAAUGGUAAUGUAAAUAAAUAUAAACAUAAUUUAAUUUCAGAAUAGUUAACCAAAAGAUAAAGUUUUUUAAGCCUAGUCAAUUUUUGAGCCCGAAAAAUAGGCCUAUUUAGAAGUUAAUUACAAGUUAAGCAUUGGCCUGAAUUACACUUACUUAAUUUAUUAUUAUUAUCUUAUAAAUGAAUAAAGUAUCAGUUUGGCAUUUUAAAUCCUAUUUAAAUUUGUAAAAAGGUAAUAAUCAUUACGUUUAAAUAAUAUAUGACCAACAAAUAGUUUUCACAUCAUACGUGAA